GUCAGGCCUGCUGCUCGGGCGCGUUCACGCCGCAGGUCAGGUCUGGAGAUGUCGGCGCCGUCUCCGCGCUCCGGGCCAGGGAUCCAAAACGCUUCUGUCUCCUUACGGGAGCCGAAAUGUUUAGAUGAUCGCCCAUCUUUAAUUUGAGCUUGGAUAAUUGCCCCAUCUUGAUUGGACUAAUUUCCUGAGUCAUCAUGGAGACGGUGGUGAUUGUGGCCAUUGGGGUGCUGGCGACCAUCUUCCUGGCCUCCUUCGUUGCCCUGGUGGUGGUGUGUCGGCACCGAUACUGCCGUCCGCACGACCUGCUGCACCACUUUGACUCCAAACCCACCCUGGAUUUGAUUGGAGCCAUGGAGACGCAGAGCGAGCCGUCGGAGCUGGAGCUGGACGACGUGGUCAUCACCAAUCCUCACAUUGAAGCCAUCCUGGAGAAUGAGGACUGGAUAGAGGACGCUUCGGGGCUGGUGUCUCACUGCAUCUCCAUCCUAAAGAUAUGCCACACUUUGACAGAAAAGUUGGUCGCCAUGACGAUGGGCUCAGGGGCAAAAGUCAAAGCACCGGCCAGCUUGAAUGACAUCAUCUCUGUGGCCAAGCGCAUCAGCCCAAGAGUGGAUGACGUGGUCAGAUCCAUGUACCCUCCUCUGGAUCCAAUCCUCCUGGACGCCAGGGCCACUGCUCUGCUCCUCUCGGUCAGCCACCUGGUGCUGGUCACUCGUAACGCCUGCCACAUGUCCGGCAGCAUGGACUGGAUCGACCAGUCGCUGCACGCCGCUGAAGAUCACAUGGAGGUCAUCCGUGAGGCGGCCAUGGCCUCUGAACCAGAACGAUGCAUACUUGGAGCGGACGCUCAGAGAGAACAGUCCAUCUGAAGAGAACUGUGACGUCUGCUCCAAGAAUUAUAUAAACCCACAGAAAAGGUUUUUUUUUUUUUUCAAACUAAUCAGAGUCAAGAAGAGAUCCUCUUAAGACUGAAUAGACCGUUCUGAUGCAAA